AUCGUUGUCUGAACUUAAUAGGGCAUUGGAGAUCGUCGAGGACACAAGCCUACGGUAUUGAUACUGAUAUAUUGAUUGUUCUUAAAUCAUCAAUUGUAUCAUCUAAAGUAGACAGAAAACAAUGCAGUGGAUGACUAUUAAUUUGACACGAGAAUGAAUACAUUGUAAUGGAAUCCGUGGGAUAGUUCUUCUUGAUAAUAAGAUAUUGGAGAAAAUCGAACAAAAUAUAUUUAUUGAGGUUAAAAUAAUUUGGCAGUCAUUGAUAUGGCAUGCGCGCGGCAGGCGACUGAAACAAACCCUCACACCCUGUCGAAUCUUGAAGACAACUAUUUAACUACAGGUGAACAGUUGUGAGAGCUAGGUGGAACAUACCAGGCAUAACAAGUUGAAGCAGUGCAAAUUACCUUGCCGCCACAAUGCAAAGAGCAAAGAGCGCUCCUGCUGGACGGCAGAGGUCGAGACGAGUAAAUGCCUUACACGAGAUAGAAGAAUGGGUGUUAAGUAGCAAAAACAAGCCUGAAAAUGACGAGUUUGAAGACAAAAUGUUUAGUAAAUCAAACGACCAGAGAUUACUAAAAGCGAAGCUAAUGGAAUUAGGAAAGGAGAGAUUCAAAGUAAUGGCUAAGCUCAAUCACGACAAACAAAAGUUUGUUGAAAGACAAAAACGCAAUGGACUAUUAAACAGAAACAUACGAUCGGCGGCUACAAGUACGCGUGCUAGCAGUGAGCAAAGAUUAAACACCCUAAGAGGAAGCCAAUCCUUGUCAGCUCCUGCAAAACGCCCGUGCUCAGCGAUUUCAAGACAGAAAACUGUCCAGUUUCAUACAGACUUCAGAAAAGCGGAAUAUAUCACAACUGGUGUCAAUCCCAACUUCACAGAGGAAAUAGCACCCACACGAGAAGAGAAAGACGACAUCGUCGAGACGUUCAUUCUAUUACAGCCAAACUUGUCAACGGAAGUGCCACCUAGCCAGUUGAUACGGCCGUUUACCGCGGGGAAUCAAAACUUCAGCCGGACUCCUUCAUCUUCGUCUUUAAAUAGUCGUGGAAAAGCUGGUAAACAAUUAGUGAAUGGGAAACCACCAAAAGGCCAAUGGGAAUUUGAAGGAGAAAGGUUUCAAAGGCAACAUUCAAAAGAGGACCGCAUAAACGAUGAACAACAAUUUCCAAACGUGGAAGCAUCAAACGACCGACGAUUUUACAAGCUUCACAAAUUGUUGUCAAAUAACUAUGCAACCCGUGUAAGAGACGAUGUUCCAACAAUAAUACGAAAGAUAGGAUCACUACAGAUGCCCCUGAAAGCUGGCAGUAAAGAAGCGAGAAGGGAGUUGGAAGCCAAGAUAAAGAUUUUCAUGGAGGAAAAUAAUAUUGUGUUUUAAGGCGGGUGCUGGUUUGAUUUACGUGUUCUCAAUUUGUAAAUAAAAAAUAUAUAUCCUG